AUGGCUGAAGAGAUGAAUAUGGGUCAGCUGGAUGAAAAUUUGAUUCUGAAAAUCCUUUCUUUAGUUCCAAUAAAAAGUGUCGUGUCAACGAGUGUCUUAUCUAAAGAAUGGCAGUCUCGUUGGAAGUCGGUGCCAAAACUGAAGUUUAAUUCUGAGGACUACCAGAGUGAACACCAAACAUUUUCAGAGACUGUGUACAAGUCUCUCCUUUCAUAUGAACCUGAGGUUCUAGAUAGUUUUCAUCUCAGCUUUGGAUCAGAUAAAGCUGAUGCAGUAGAUGUUGUACAUUGGAUUAAAACAGCGUUUGCUCUACAUUUGCGUACAUUGGUACUCGAAUUUCUCAUCUAUCCAUACGAGGUCGACGAGUUCAUAUUUACGAGUAGCUUGUGUACUUGUGAUACACUAGAGACUUUGAAACUCGGGAGUCUGAUUCUUGUAGAUAUCCCUGCACGGGGUUCGAUGAAGUCUCUUAAAACGCUGCAUCUUAUUCAUGCGUUCUACACAAACGAUGAAUCUAUAUGUAACCUUUUAUCUGGCUGUCCUAGACUUGAAGAACUCGUUGUGGAACGAUCUUGCGAAUAUAGUGUGAAAUUUUUCACUAUCAAAGUCCCUUCUUUGCAGAGAUUAAGGAUUUAUGAUGACAAUGAUGAGGACGAGUUCGUUGGAUAUGUGAUAGAUACUCCUUCUUUGAAAUACUUAGAGAUUGGAUACUUAGGAUGUCCACAGUUUUCUCUGAAUGCACCGGGGCUGCUGGCGGCAUAUAUUGCUAGAGUUUCUAAUGUAAUCAGUGAAUCUCUCGUUUCAGUCAGACGUCUUGUCUUGAAUGUAUCAACUUCGAUGACUAUAUAUCCUCCUACUGGAUGUAUCUUCUAUCAACUGGUAUAUCUACAGAUAUAUACGCAUGAACCAGGCUGGUAUGAUCUACUUACGUGGAUGCUCGAACAUUCACCGAAACUACAAGUCCUGAAGCUCGUUGGUAAAUACAGGAUUAAUCCUGACUAUCAUGUUCUCGGCUGGGAAUGGAAUAAGCCAAAGUCUGUCCCUGAAUGUUUGUUGUCACAUCUAGAGACAUUUGUGUGGAGAAGAUACGAUUGGAAAGGAGAAAAGGAAGAAGAAGUGGCUACAUAUCUUCUAAAGAAUGCAAGAGGGUUGAAGAAUGCGACUUUCUCUACAGGUCCCAUUGAACCGGGCCAGCUUGACAAGUUGAAACAGAGACGUAGGACGCGCAAAAAAAUUGGAUGGUGUGCUCAAGGCUUCUAA